AUGGCAACAGCCGUCGUCGCCGAAGCUCCGACAGCUGCGUCGACCGAGCAGUCGACGGCAGCAGCAUUGCAGGAGCCUGUCGCGUCAGCCAUGGUAGAGACAGUGCCAGAAGUAGUGACAUCGACAGAAGCACCACUCCAGAGAACGAUAUGCCCUCCUAAGAACCCAAUGGCUUGUCUUUUAGAGCUCUCCAACGAGCUCCUCCACUGCAUCUUCGUUGAGAUCGAGCCCGCCGACUUGUCAGCCAUCAGCCGGAGCUGUCGAGCAUUGCACAGCUACAUCCGAGGCAAUAGACUACUGCACAAGGACUUGUACGUGAGGAGAUACGAUGAACCGCCCGCGAAGAGUAGGGAUGCGAAUGACAAAGACAAGCAGCGGUCGGACGGAGAUCUUCUCUCCCGGCUGGACUGGGAGGAUGCCCUGCACAGAUUGGUUAAGAUGGAAAAAAUACUCGAUACCGAUGACAGAGCCGUCAAGAGGGACAACAUCAAGUUCGUGGCCGACGAGAUUAUUGGCAUGAUGGGCAAUGCGCACAUUGACGGAGACGAAAGCCUCAAUAUUCAACUGCUACGAGCCAAGUUUACUCCAGCGCUCGCUGAGAACAUGGACACCUUCCUUUGCUCUUCCUCUCUCUUCGCACGUGCUGGCAACGAGAUGCAACUACCUGCUGACACCGAGGAACUGCAACAACUUUCCGCAAAGCUCCAUUGUUUCUUUGGCGUUCCAAUCGACGAAGUUCCCAAGCGAACCCUCCGGUCUUUCCUCUCAUCUCGGCAUGCUAAUCUGGGCCUGGAGCUGAGCCCUAGUGCCUGCACACGAAGUCAGUCCCGAAAUCUCACAACGCAUCCUUUUGCCAGAAGCAAGGUGUACGAUCUUAGGGAAUACACGGAUGAUACGCUGUGGGGUCCUUUUAUGCACGACGGCAGUGGUAGAGUUGAUUGGGAAAAGGUGGAAGCAAUCAUGAUCGUCUUGGGAUACAACUUGAACAAAUUCUAUCGCAGGAGUGAAGGAAGAUUCCCACAGAUCUGGAAAGACGAGUGGACUGGGGCUACGCCGAACUCCUACAAGUCGGUCCCGUGCCCCGGCCCAACAAGAGAGAUGGAACGGGACGAGGAGAUGUUCAAAAUUCGGGAACUCGCACUCAGCCUUGAUGCACAGGAUCCCUACGGGGUUACUGGCUCCUGGAUGAGGGUGGUUUGCUUCCUCGACUACAACGACCUAUACGCCUUCAACUUCAGCGACAGGAUUCCCGACGACCAGCUACGCGAGCCAAUAGACAUAGAAGAAGGUUUGAUUGACCUCUGCGAGACUGUACGUGAUCACCCAAACUGACGUCUUGUGUUUGCUGUUGUAGCUAUUCGACUGAUCCGCAUCAAGUUGCAAGUGACGCGAAUUGAACCACCAGGAAGUGGAGAUGAAGACGAGGACGAUGAUGGCAUGGACUGGAGCAACUUCCAGGGCGAGCGACUGCCUGUCGUCCAUUUUCGGGGGACCAGUAGAAGCUUGCACGCGAGCUGGGAUCCAAAUGCUAACUCUAGAAUACGAGGCGAGUACAGUAUACGGGUUCUGGUGACAUUAAUAACUAAUAUGCGUUAGGCUCUGUGAGGCAAACACCGGAGGGCGAAAUUCGAUGGACGAGCUUCUCUAUUUUCCAUGGCGAGGAGCGAUGGCGCAGCGAAGGUGUCCAAGUCGGCGGCAUCAAGUCCGCGAGAGGUAUCCUCGGCAACUGGUUUGACAAAGACUACGACUUGCACGGCCCAGCAGGGCCCACAGCUUUCUGGAAGGAGACGGAUGAGUUGGACGAGGAGAAGUCAUCAAGUAUGCCCGUCGCCUUUUUCUGA